GCACCCAUCUCAAACCAAGUCAAACCAAGACUCAAUUGCCCUCAUACCCAUCGUUUUGUUUUUCAUCUCUUCUGGCAUCUCAUCAUGGAUAUCCCCAUCCAGUAUCCCUGGUACCGUAGGGCCUUCCCACAUCGGCUCCCUGACCCCUCCUUGGCAGAACCUCUCGCUGACUGGCCCCUCAUCUGGCCUUUCUCCUGGUCUUUCCCCUGGAUACGCCCUUCGUUCAUGCGCUGGUUCAACUUGCCUGACAAUGGACACAGUGAGAUGCGCAUGGAAAGGGAUCGCUUUGUCAUUUAUCUGGACGUGAAGCACUUCUCCCCUGACGAGCUGUCUGUCAAUGUCAGUGACGAGUUCAUCACAAUACACGCCAAACAUGAAGACAGACAGGAUGACCAUGGCUUUGUGUCGAGAGAGUUUCUGAGGAAGUACAGGCUUCCUGCCGGUGUGUCAAGUGCUGAUGUCACCUCCAGCCUGUCAUCUGAUGGUGUGCUGACAAUCACGGCGCCUCGGUCAUCGGCGGGCCAAGAGCGCAGUAUUCCCAUUUCCUGUGAAGAUGGAACACAGAAACAGAAAAUGUAGAGUAGAGCCUGACGCUCCUGACACUGUUUCACUACUAACCCCAAGUGCCACCUGUUUUUAUAUUUAACCUGUCACAGUUUUGUUGGGAGUUCAGCACACAUAUAGGUGGGGCAUACAUGUCUAGAUGUCUAUAAGUGCAAGUGCCUUCUAAUAAACCAGUAUCUAACUCCUAACUCCCUAUUAUCCUGAUGUCUCAGCAAGACAAUGGUGCGUUAAAACCAAAGACUAAUAUGUUGAGCCCAUUUAACAGAGUCUGACAGGACAUUUAAGUUUUUCAUAGACAGACUGUGGUGAAUUGCAAGAUAAUUAACUCCUGAGAGUUAAUUUUUCUAUCAAAAGCCUACAGAAUCGCUCUUUAAACUAUACCUCUGUGCCAAAAAUAUUCACUCCACCAUGUAAGUGGCACAUAAAGGGCAUGUAUUCAUAGUUUUAAAGGCAUUUCCUGUCUUUAUCUGGCAUUUGUUGUUGUAUGUUAUACAACACAUAAUGUCUAUACUGGACGUGCACUUUAGUGACAAAAUUGUAAGCAUGUGUUAUAUUUAACCUAACCUAGCUUGCAGCAUCUAUUACUUUUACUGGGAAAUGCUAAAUAAAGUCAAUAUAAGGAGUGGAAAUGUAAAGACCUCCUCUAAAAAUUGUCCAGUGAAGAUGGCAACAGACUAAAAUUGUUAAACUUGAUUGUAUCUACAUUACACCGUACUGUCAGAGUGGGUAUGAGUAAGAUGCCAACUGUGCUCUGGUUAUUCUUUGAGAAUAGUGUUGGUUUCUGUAUGUGUGAGGAGGAAUGAGUUCUCUGGAGGCAUAUGCAGUUACUUUUAGUUUGUUCACUAAAAAAGCCACCACAGGACUUGGGACCAGGUGUGUACUCUGUUGAGAGGAUGAAAAAGGGUGAAUGAGUGGGAGGGAGGAGGAAAGUAGUGGACAAGGGAGGAACUGAUGUUUGGAGACAGACAACUUUUAUCAUUGGGCUCCUUAUCCACUGGGGAGCAUGACCUCUGAGCUGCUAAGGAUAAUGUUAAUGUGUGUGUGUGUGUGUGUGUGUGUGUGUG